AUGAAACGGAUUAAAGAGCUGUACGAGCUAUUCGAAAAGAAUGUAAAUAUACCAAAGAGGGAAGAGACACUAAACGCGAUAUCAAGUCAUUCCAAAAGAGACGAGCUUGCCAGACUUGUAUUUGAAAGAGCUGAUGGAAAUGUUUUUGCCUUCGCUAAGAAUCAGCUUCUUCCAGCAAAUGAUGCUGAUGAAUACGGCCCAUUUGAUCAUCUUCUCGAAGCGGGUCAUUGUAUGAGGAUCCUCAAAAUGAUGGCUAAAGAAGAUUAUGUAAUCAACUUGUUGAAGGACGAUUUCCGGGCUGAACACGGUCGUGAGCCGAACAGCUUGUCGGAUAUUGCCAGAAUUUUUGCCGAGCGAGAAUAUAUCACGAAAGAAUCAUCCCUUGCAAAGCGGAGAGCUGUUUUUCAAACCGAUGGGACAGCAAAAAUUGGAAGUACUUGGAUCAUAACCCUUUUGGGUAUUGAAGGUGUCGACGACGACGAUGAUAGAUGGCAAGAAUCCGUGUACGUUUAUAAGAUUUUACGAAAGGAAGGAAUCAGUUUGGAGAAGGUGAAUUUUCAUAGAUCGUCCCUGGAUAUCAAUAUCUGGUACUUUGACGAAACGUUUCUCUUUGAGCCGUUUCUCAUUAUGUUGAAUUCUGAAGAGAACACAUAUUAUGUUUUAAAUUUACUUGAACCAAGUGAGCCGCCAAGGGCCAUAAGAAUGGGAGGCCGACCAUGGUUUAUGUUGCAGAAAGAUGACAUCGGUCAAUAUCGAUACGACAGUGAUGUCCGUCUUAAUGGCGAGCUUCGAGAAGCUGUCCUCUUCCCGCUCAUCUACGUUCAAGAUGAUAACAGCUUUUGUAUCGAAUGUGCUCAAAUCAGUUCAUCAUCGAUCGAAAUUCUUUGGAAAGAAACCAUUAUUGUACCUGAAAUGUGCUUUGAAAAAAGGCUUUACCUGUUGGACAAUGAUAACUUGAUCCUUCAUAUCAUCUUAGAAGUUAACGAAGACCAUGGAACCGCCAAUGGAUUACUUGCUUUUCAUAUCAUUCUUUCGAGAAGAAAAAUAAUUCGCUACGAUUUUCCGCAGAUAUCGGGCGACGCAGAAAACAAAGAUGCAGACGAUAGCGAUGGAGACGAUAGCGAUGGAGACGACAGCGACGAAGACAAUGACAAGAACGAGAAUGGCGAUCCUGGCUUCACCACCUUUUGUUGGUUGUCAGAAGAGAAAGAUUUCGAAAUUAAGACCCUUUGUUCAGUUAGAAAGGCUUUUCUCACGAGAAUGUUCAAUAAAGAGGGCGAAGAAAGAAAUUUGCGUGAAAGAUCGGUCAAAAAUAGGAUGCGUUACCUAUCAACCAAGAAAAGAAGCAUUCUCCAUCGAAAUAUUCAUCUAGGAAGUUUUACUGCGCAGAAAUUACCGCGAUUUUCAUCCGAUCGACGAAUUUUAAUUUUCUUAUAA